UGCGGGCCGGCGGAGGCAGAGGCCAUCAGGAGCCACCUCGCCGCCCUCCUCGCCCACCUCGAGACUGCCGAGGCCACCGACACCGUGUCUUGCAGCGAGGUCGUCCCCGCGGGCUGGAACCUCUGCACCGUGGUGGGGGUGCUGCUGGGGUACCCAGCGGCGUACACCUUCUCCGUGGAGGACGGCGCUGAGAACUGCCCGGCGAGCCUCUGCGCGGAGCUGAAGGCGGUGCUGGACGCCUGGUGCGACGAGCUGUGGGCGGCCUUCGGCGCGCAGAGGGACUUCGUGGAUCUGAGCGUGUCCAGCGAGGUGGUGUCUCUCCCAGCAGUUGCGUUGUAA